CACAGCAGAGCGCUGUGCGGUGGUGAAGUUGCCGAAGCUGCUGGUCUGGAUGUGUCGCUCUGCUUGGGGGGUUUAUCGGACUCCGGCUCACGGGGACCGCUCGGCGCGCGCGAGGCUGAGAGUCUAUGUUCACUGAGAUGAAGCGGUGAGGAUCGUGUUUCCACGUGGAGGAGAUUUCAGGAGAUCGAGGACCCCCAGCGGGCGAGCGUGUGUGUGUGUGUGUGUGUGUGUGUGUGUGCGUGUGUGUGUAUGUGUGUGUGUUUGUGUGUGAGGGAGAGAGGAUGCAGGUGUCCGUGCUGCUGUGUGUGAGUGUUUGUUUGGUGUGUGUGUGUGCGGAGGGCAAGUGGAGGAGCUGUAUGGAGGUGAGGGAGGCAUACGGCGCUCUGGGCUUCAGCCUGAACAUCGCUCCACAGCAGGAGAUCGCAGGUGAUCACCUGCGCGUCUGCGCUCAGGGCCACACCUGCUGCAGCGCGGAGAUGGAGGAUAAGCUGGGGCAGCACAGUAAAGUGGAGUUGGAGGGAAUGAUGGAGGAAACCAGCAGCACUCUGAGAUCCACCUUCAUCUCCAGACACAAGAAGUUUGAUGAGUUCUUCCUGGAGCUGCUGGAUAACUCAGAGAAGUCUCUGAAUGACAUGUUCGUGCGGACCUAUGGGAAGCUGUACACGCACAACUCUGAGAUCUUCGAGGACCUGUUCUCGGAGCUGAAGCGUUACUACACGGGCGGGAAUGUUAACUUGGAGGAGAUGCUGAACGAUUUCUGGUCCCGCCUGCUGGAGAGGAUGUUCCAGCUGCUGAACUCGCAGUACACCUUCACUGACGACUACCUGGAGUGCAUCAGCAAGUACACGGACCAGCUGAAGCCGUUUGGAGAUGUCCCACGAAAGCUGAAGGCUCAGGUGACCCGCGCCUUCAUCGCCGCCAGGACCUUCGUCCAGGGCCUGAUGGUGGGACGGGAGGUGGCCAACAGGGUGGCGAAGGUCAACAUUUCUCCAGGCUGCAGCAAAGCUCUGACGAAGAUGCUGUACUGCCCGUACUGCGGCGGACUCCCGGGACUGCGGCCUUGUGGGAAUUACUGCCAGAACGUGAUGAAGGGCUGCCUCGCCAACCAGGCCGACCUGGACCCGGAGUGGAACCUCUUCAUCGACGCGAUGCUGCUGGUUGCCGAGCGACUGGAGGGUCCCUUUAACAUCGAGGCAGUGAUGGAACCCAUUGACGUUAAGAUCUCGGAGGCCAUCAUGACGAUGCAGGACAACAGCAUGCAGGUUUCAGCUAAGGUGUUCCAGGGCUGCGGUCACCCCAAACCAGCUGGAAUGAGCCGCAGUGCCCGCGGGAUUUCGGACGUUUUUAACAGUCGCUUCAGGCCCUACAGCCCCGAGGAGAGGCCGACCACAGCGGCCGGAACCAGCCUGGACAGACUGAGGACUGUGUGGAGAACAAUGCAGCACAGCGUUAUUGAUAUUAAAGAAAAGCUGAAGAAGUCGAAGAAGUUCUGGUCGACUCUGCCGGACGCCAUCUGCACUAAAGAGAGAGCGAGCGAGGACGAGGAGCAGUGCUGGAACAGCCACACUAAAGGAAGAUAUUUCCCCGAGGUGGUGAAGGACGGUUUGACCAACCAGCUGAACAACCCUGAAGUGGAAGUGGACAUUACGAGGCCGGACACUUUCAUCAGGCAGCAGAUCAUGGCCCUGAGGGUGAUGACCAACAAGCUGCGCAAUGCCUACAAUGGAAACGACAUCUACUUCCAGGACUCCAGUGAUGAAGGCAGCGGGUCCGGCAGCGGCAGCGGCUGCACCGAAGGCUGCACCACCGAGUUCGACUUUGUCCCCACGGAGGCGCCGGUGGUGGAGGCGGACCGGAGCGACCCCCAGCCGGCCGCGGACACGGCUGGGCACCACGGCAACACCCCGCCUCCGCCCUGGCUGGUGGCGGCGAUAGCGGGGGCGGGCCUGCUGGUGCUGAUGCAGUGGAGAUAAUGGGGUGCGUGGAGGGGCGUGGCCAAAAACACAGCAGACUUUAUUAGGACACAGCGCAGCUCCUCCCACGCCAAUAAGCCCCGCCCACAACAGGCAAGGGGCGGGGCUUUCUACAGAUAAAACCCUGGGGAUUAAAACCCGAAGGGGAGAGAGAGAGAGAGAGAGCAUCCAAACCUCUGCAUCCCGCUUGUUCCAAAGAUGCAGCUUCAUCCUCCAAAAACACACCGGCUUUUCUCUCGUAAGCUGACGGAAAAACGGGCGACACACACGUCCCUCUGCGAAGUCGGAGGGGUGGAGAAUGUCAGCAGCACGUUCCUCAACAAAAUACCUGAAAACAACCACAACAGCGACAAAAGAGAAGAAGAAGAAUCUAUUUUUGUUUUUUAUACCGCGUGACAUGAGAACCUUAAAAAAAAAGAAAAGAAAAAGGAAAAAACAAAAACAGUCUGAUGUUUCCUGUGUUUUCCGCCUCUUCCAGACCCGGCGCCGGAGAUAAAACCCACAGACGUGGAGGGGAAAGGCAAAAAAGAUUAAAAAA